UCUAUAUAUAUAAAUCUCAUAACAAGUCCAAUUUCAUCUCAACAACCAAAACCAAAAUCACUAUAAUAUUACUAAUUUCCCCAUAUAGCAAAACUAGCUUCCUCUCUACUACAUUAUAUAUCUCUUUCACCACUUUUUGGCUUAUUAAUAUAAACAAAAGCAUUAUAUUAUAAUAUAUAUGGAUCUAGUGGGGAAAUUGGCAUCGCAGAAGGCAGUAGUGAUAUUCAGCAAGAGCUCGUGUUGCAUGUCCCAUGCAAUAAAGAGAUUGUUCUACGAGCAAGGAGUGAGCCCAGCAAUAUACGAGCUUGACGAGGACUAUUCGAGAGGCAAGGACAUGGAGUGGGCCCUCAUGCGCCUCGGCUGCAAUCCCUCCGUCCCAGCCGUCUUCAUCGGCGGCAAGUUCGUCGGCUCAGCCAACACCGUCAUGACCCUUCACCUCAAUGGCUCUCUCAAGAAGUUGCUCAAGGACGCUGGUGCUAUUUGGCUUUGAUUAUAUAUAUAAUUAAUUAUAUAUUUAUAUGUGUUAUGUUAAUGUAAUAAGGCUUGUAGUUUAUUAGAUUAAUUAACUUUGAUCUUCAAUCUUGAUUUCAUCAUCUUUUUGAUGAUCUUCUUCAUUUUUGUGAUCGAAGAAAGGCGGCUUUAAUUAGGACAUGUCACUACAUUUUGUGCAGAAAUGAAUAUAUAUAUUUAUAUAAGAGUCUAAAAA